AUGGCUUCUCUUCCUCUUCAUGGUGCUAAUUACAAUAUUAACAGAUCGCUCGGAGUUCAGGCGCAUUCUAUGAUCCAAAAGCUUACUCACAAAUCAUCUUCGGUUGGGUUCUGGGAACCUCAGGGCUGGUCAAGACCCCUCAUUGACCAACAACCAGCAGUUGGGAAUUUUCACAUAGCAGUAGGAUCGCUUUUGCGGGGCAGCGUUGGUAGAUUUGGAUUGCUAAGAAUGAUGAAUGGUUCUCCAGCCCGUGAUGAUGAAUUUAGUGGAUUUUGGUCUGCAGAUAGUGCUGCUCUUUACAGGACUAAUCAAGAGGAGAUGAAGAAGCUUGACUUAUCUCUCAAUCUUUAA